AUUUGUUUUUAUUUAUUUUUUAUUUUUUGUUUGCAAGGAACUGUAAAUUAGAAUUGAGCAUGAAAGUGACGCCCUAAUAGACACAGUUAGUAAUGUUAAGAAACAAACUGCAUCCUUCCUUUCUAAAGUUUACGAAAGCAGAGAGUCAUAACCUAACAAAACUUUUUUGUACUUCUAAAGGGAACAUGGCAAAAAGCAAAUACGAAUAUGUUAAAAAUUUUGAACUACCAGAUCCAUGCUUACCGAACUGUUGGAUUGUGGUUAGGAUUGACGGACGAGGGUUUAGUAGGUUUGCAGACAUACAUGGUUAUGUGAAACCAAACGAUGUUCGUGGACUUAAUUUAAUGACUCGAGCUGCUACAUGUGUAAUGGAUGAAUUCCGAGAUAUAUGUCUCGCAUUUGGACAGAGUGAUGAAUAUAGUUUUGUUUUCCGAAAAGAUACUAAUCUUUUCAAUCGUCGGGCUUCGAAACUGAUGACUGUAGUGAACAGUUUAUUUGCAUCAAGUUUCGUGUUUCAUUGGACAGGAUUUUUUGGACCCAUUCGGUUGCAGUACCCACCAACGUUUGAUGCCCGAGUUGUGAUGUAUCCAACAGAUAAGAAUCUGAGAGACUAUUUGGGUUGGCGUCAGGCAGAUGCUCAUGUCAACAAUUUAUAUAAUACAGCAUUCUGGGGCCUUGUUUUAAAGAAAGGAUUUUCAAAUACUCAGGCAGAAGAAAGACUUCGUGGAACACUGGCAUCAGACAAAAAUGAGCUUCUGUUUUCAGAGUUUGGUUUGAACUACAACAAUGAGCCACCAAUGUUCCGUAAAGGAACAGUUCUCAUUAGGAAAUUGUGCAAAACGCCUGGAGAUGGGAAACUUCGUCAUGUUGUCCUUCCAUUUUAUACAGAUCUCAUUGGUGACAUGUUCUGGAGAGAGAAUCCAGAGAUUUUAGGCAUGAAAUCUUUACAGGUCUACCACAGGCCAACUGAAGAAAAUAGCAUAAUCCAAGAACAUUCCAAAUCCUCACCCAAACAAGAUACUCCUGGAUCAGUGGCAUCACCAACAACCAAUGAGAAUAGCCUAAUAUCCUCUGAAAAGUGAUUUUAUGUGAGGGAUUCAGCUUUAGUAACAAUGAACAUAAUUGAGUUAUAUCAGUGAGUGAUGGACUCUGAAAUUGGUCUUACAGGACUGAACUGUAAUGUCAGUUGAAAUACAUGGCUGCCCUCUACUCAUGCAUGCCCCAUGACAGAAAGUCCAACAUGAAACUAUUAUUCUUAAAUCUCAAGAAUGCUUUCAUACAGGUCACUGUGAAUACAACCAGUUAACUGACACUGAAGGAUACAUUCCAUAGCUGACAAACAAUGUAAAAUAUGCACAUUAUGUAAGUUCCUCUUGCAUGUAAUUUUGGAAUUUGUAUUAAUCACUAAUGCAAGUAUGCACUUAUGUUGUGUAUAUAAAACAAGUGAAAGACAUAUGAA